UCACUCCAUCCAACUCCUCUUCACACAAAUUCAGCGGUUUCUCUUCUCCCAGGUUGCGUGAAGAUGGGGGCUGGUGGCCGAACCUCUGUUCCUCCUCCCAACAGGAAGUCAGAGGCUGACGCUGUGAAGCGGGUGCCGUUUGCAAAACCACCAUUCAGUCUCAGCCAGGUCAAGAAAGCUAUUCCACCUCACUGUUUUCAGCGCUCUGUUAUCCGGUCAUUCUCCUAUGUCGUUUAUGACCUUACCAUAGCCCUCUGCCUCUAUUACGUAGCCACCCAUUACUUCCACCAACUUCCUCGUCCUCUCUCUUUCUUGGCCUGGCCAAUCUACUGGGCUAUCCAAGGUUGCAUCCUUACCGGCGUUUGGGUCGUUGCGCAUGAGUGUGGCCACCAUGCUUUCAGUGACUACCAGUGGCUUGAUGAUACCGUUGGCCUUGUUCUCCACUCUGCUCUCCUAGUCCCUUACUUUUCAUGGAAAUAUAGCCAUCGCCGCCACCACUCCAAUACCGGUUCUCUUGAGCGUGAUGAAGUCUUUGUACCGAAGAAGAAGUCCGGUAUUGAGUGGUACUCUAAAUACCUUAACAACCCCCUGGGCAGAGUCCUCACACUUACUGUUACCCUCACUCUUGGUUGGCCUCUGUACUUGGCUUUUAAUGUCUCGGGCAGGCCUUAUGAAAGGUUUGCUUGCCAUUUUGACCCAUACGGUCCCAUUUACACAGAUCGUGAACGACUUCAAAUAUACAUAUCAGAUGCGGGAGUACUUGCAGUAUGCUAUGGGCUUUUCCGUCUUGUCAUGGCAAAAGGGCUUGCCUGGGUUGUUUGUGUUUAUGGAGUUCCAUUGCUAGUGGUCAAUGGAUUCUUGGUUUUGAUCACAUUCUUGCAGCACACUCACCCUGCAUUGCCGCACUACGAUUCCUCUGAGUGGGACUGGUUGAGAGGAGCUUUAGCAACAGUGGAUAGAGAUUAUGGGAUCCUGAACAAGGUCUUCCAUAAUAUUACAGACACUCAUGUGGCGCAUCACUUGUUCUCCACAAUGCCACAUUAUCAUGCAAUGGAGGCCACAAAGGCGAUAAAACCAAUUUUGGGAGAGUAUUAUCGGUUUGAUGGGACCCCAUUUUACAGUGCAAUGUGGAGAGAGGCAAGGGAGUGUAUUUAUGUUGAACCAGAUCGAAGUACUCAGAGCAAAGGUGUGUUCUGGUACAACAAUAAGUUGUGAUGAUUAUAGCUGCUGCAUCUUCUUGUUCGUCAGGUGGGAAGGAUUUAACUUUGCUUUCUGACAAAUUAGGAUGUUUGCUUAUUGGGAAUAAUUUUGUUGAACCCUUAUAUUGGUAUUUGUAACAAGACUGUAGGAUAGUGGUUUGCUUGAUUGCAGAAUAAGAUGUAGCAUCUCUGAACGGUUCGAUUGUUGCACCAUGAUUUGAAAUCAGUGCUUGUCGACCUAGUUUCUCAAGAUAGUACCAAUUUGUCUAUCUCUUGAGAAGCCUAUUCUUAUUCUAUUUCUUGAUGCCUAGUCAUUCUCAUGUUCCGUGAUUGACUCGGAAUUCCGAACCUUGUCUGUUACUUUCUGAAG